AUGAUCUCUAUCGGUGUCCACCUUCUGGUCAUACUGCAGCUGCUUCCGACCCUCGCGAUCGGCGUUGUCCAGAGGUACGGCAGCGCGGCCGAGAGGCUUGAGACAGUCUCGGAGAGGGCAGCAAAAGCAGAACGUGUCGACAGUGCAGCCGAGAAGCUUGAGGCAGGAUCGGGGAAGGCAGCAAGAGCAGCACGUGUCGACAGUGCGGCCGAGAAGCUCGAGGCAGGAUCUGCGAAGGCAGCACGAGCAGAGCGUUUCGGCAGUGCGGCCGAGAAGCUCGAGGCAGGGUCCGAGAAGGCAGCAAGAGCAGAGCGGAUCGCCAGUGCGGCCGAGAGGCUGGAGGCAGGCUCGGAAAAGGCAGCACGAACGGAGCGCUUCGCCAGCGCACGCUUCGCCAGUGCGACCGAGCGGCUGGAGGCAAGUUCGGGAAGGGCGGCCCGUACUGCGACGACAGCACGAACCACACGAUUCAGUACGCUUGAGGGUGGUCAGGAUAACAAGGCCGCCUUGGGCAAGAUGAACAAGAUGGGUGUCACCCGGUACCAGCGGCACGCCCACAAGAAGACCAAGACCAGCAGGAAGGACGGCAAGUUCUUCUGGGCCGACUCAGCCAAUCGCGAGGGCGGAACAUAUUCUGGCGCGACGGACCUCUUGGAGAACCUCUCCUGGGGCUGGCACCACCCGACUGGCGUGUACAACACCAUCCCCGUCGGCAGUCCACUCUUCGACGACGAGCAGAACAUCUACAUCGGAUCGGACGACGCCAUCCGCAAGUUCGACGUCACCGGCACCCUCCUGUGGAGCUACGCCCCCCGUGGCCAGCUCGCCGCGGCACCCACCCUGGUCCUCGCCAGCAGCAGGCGCCUGCAGGCCCCUGUGACAUCUGCCGAGGAGGCCGAGGCAGAAGACAUGCUGCGACCGGACUGGGCGAAAGCCAACGGGUCAGUGCGAUCCGCAGCCUUCAACCAAUUCAAGGCCGGCGACCUCGUCAAGGUGAAGCCCGGCUUCAGUUACCGGGCGGACGGCAGGGAUCUCUACAAGGCUGGUGACCUGGGGACGAUCACCGGCGUCGAGGACGGUGAGAAGGAGAGAAGGGCCGUCAUCACGUGGGCGCGCACUGGGACCAAGAGCGUGGUGAAGUUUCACGCCAUGGGGGACCGCUUUCUGCGCGUGCAGCAGGAGAUGGAGACAAAGACCGUCGCGUGGCCCGCCAUGCUGGUAGGGAGCACCACCUCCGGCUUCGUGUUCUCGAUCGACCUCGCAAGCGGAGAGGAGUUGUGGGUAACGUGGGCAUCGAACGAUAUCGCGGGCGUCAAGGGCGCCGUUGCCGGCAAGGACGGAAUCAUAGUGGUCGCGACGGACAAGUGCACUGACCGGUACUGCUACAGAUACCGCAACCAGACUAACCCCCUCACGCCAGGCAACUCCAUGGUGCGCGGCCUGAGCGCAGUGGACGGAUCCGCUGUCUGGCAGUACAGAACCUUUGCGCCGGUGUGGAACAUGGUCCCGCUCUGGGGCCCAGACGGCACCGUGAUGUUCCAGGACUGGGAGGGCAGGCUGUACUCUCUGGACCUCCUCACCGGCGCCCUCGUCUUCAAGGUCGGGGGCGACCUCGGGACGCACACCCAGGCAGCAGCCACCUACGACCCGGGCCACAACGUGGCGUUCGCCCUCGGCAUGCAGCACUACAACGUGGAGACCUACAGGAUGACCGACGCCAUCGGCACGGACGGCGGCAAGUUUUGCAAUCCGUACGUAGCACCUGGCAUCCUGAUCAAUUGCUGGACGUGGCCAGGCGGCAGGGGCUUCAUCCGUGGCUACAACGCUUCCUCGGGCAGGGCGAUCUGGCACCGGGACACGCCCGAGCCGCCCGCUGGCGCCACCGCGGGCGCGCUCAACUCGCCCGAGCACACUCGCCUGGUGCUCACCAUGGGCUUCAACUGCAGGUUCAACUCUCCCUCCCAAAUCUCGCUCGCCGCCGGAAAUCUGGGCUCUCGACCCACACAACGGCGACAUCCGGUGGAUUAG